ACUUCCUUCCUCUUCUCUGACCAUAUUAUAAUUCGUCUGAGCUUCUGGCGUUUUCAAAAAGUCUAGGACGCACGCGCACAGCUAUCACGCCACUCCACUAUGAUUGAUUUUUCUUUUCUUUCUUAUUGUCACUACUUCCUACUCCCUCCUCAUCUACUUUUCUUCGGUCUUCUUUACAUAUGUUCUUUUUUGGGGGAAAGCUUUCUUAAGGGAAAGACUGCACUUGAUACUUUUCUGAGUUUACAUGUUUGGCGUCGGUCGGCGAAAUAUACAUCGGGUUUGAAGGUGUAAUAUUAUCAUACAUACGUGAUAGGUAGUGAUUUACUAUCGAGUUACU